AUGAUCCGCGCGAAAAGUGCGGGCCAGCUAAUCCUCCGAGAUUCCUGUUUAGGUCUGCCGGGGCGCUUUGCCUCGCGCACAAGUCGUGUUGACUCGACGGCACCGAAAGAUCUUCAGCUGGCCCUGUUGCUCCUUCGCCUUGGGUUGCCAGAGAUUCCAAGACCGUCCCAUCUCGCUGGUUCCGGCCUGGAAUCUUCAAGCGCCUCCAUGCAGCUAACGACUCCACAAACCCUACUCGCCUCUCCAGGCCCGGUCGACGCUACGCAGAAUGCCGCCAGAGCAAGAUCGCACUGCAGAAUCCCACGUUUCUCAACCUGGAUCACGCCCGUUGGUGUUUCAGGAGGAAUCAAAGGGGGAAGGUUACAGCAGAACUGCAGAAACUCGACACACCCCCUCGUCCACACACACACCCUCUCUCUCCCGUUCAUUUUCGGAUGUGUCGACUGCACUAGUCCACCACAACCAUGGACGCCCCCAGCUGAUGGAGGGUCGAGCAGACGUGGGGCAGCCCGGUCUUGGGCCGCUUCAGCACGCGGAUUCGCCGACGACCGAAGCCGGCCGAUGCGCAUCCCAGCUGAGAUCCCUGCUGCGAUCUGCGAUUGGGCUGAGCCUCGACGGUCCGUCAUCGCUAGACUUUGGGGAGGCGCCCACUUCCCUUCCUCCACCUUUGCGAGUCACCACUGGAAUGUAUGUACGAGGUACGAUACCGGUUAUUUCGUGCUGCCCUCGGAUUUUCCCCCGUGA